GCGUUCCGGAAGCGGUCGGUUUUUCCGCUCGUGUGCUGCGAUUGAGAGCGUUUUUCAGCACCAAUAUUGAGGAUACAAAAAAAAAGGCUCGGCGGUCUCGACCAUUCUAGCCACGGCCACGGCCGUCCAGAGGUGUGUUUCGUUGGUUGGCGGGUACAUGGAAUGUGGUGGAAUGUGGCGCUAGUAUAGCUUUCUGACGUAUGAUUGGGUAGUGUUUUUGACAAUAGCAGUGGGUGGGAUAGUCAUCGCAGCAUUUCUAUUGUGCCCGUCUCUCAUGGGGUAUGAUACUGACAGCCUAGUCAAUUUGGCGUGAAUACUCCGAAGCAGCUGUGUGCAAGAUAUUACUGUUGACACCGGCUCCUCUCGAGUGAGCUUUCGCUGGGCAAAUAUGGAAACGGAGGGAGUGUGAAUGGUUUUCUUCGAAGUGAUAUAACCUCUCGAGUGGUGGAUUGCAGGCAGUGAUCGAUUUCCCAACGUCUUGUGCUUGCUACGUGGGUGCGUGGAUGGUUGGAAUUGAAACUGGAGCGAGGCCGGUCGAGACGUGACCUUCCCGUCCUGCUGCGCUGGGAUGGGUGUGGGUUGCCCAGCCAGGGUCAAUUCAUUUGGAAGUGUGAAAGUUCAUGCCUGAUGGCACACUAGAUAUGAGGAAAAUUCCAGUGCAAAAGGAAGCCAAUCAAUGUUACCCCGUAAUCUGAUACACACUUUGUGAAAGUGAGUGAAAAAAAAGUUCACCCGAAAGAGGAUGAAAAAAAAUCAGAAACGUGUAGCGUGGAGCAUAAAUUGAAAAGUUUACCCGAGUGUUGCUAAUUUGGGAUUUGUGAUUGUUCCGUUGGAGAAUCAACAGCAGUGGUGAACUGAAGAGGAGAAACUUUUUCUUCCCUUUCGGUUCGCGUGAUUGAUGAAGACGGGAAGUUCCCGGGGCAUGGAAUCAGGCUCUGGCGAAAUUGAAAAGAUCGUCGAAACUCGAGCUCAGCGGCGCUUGGGACUAAGGUUGCCCGGGAAGAGGAAACGCCGCAACAGUGCGCCGGAAGAAAUGUGAAAACAUUUUGUCGAGAAUUAUCUAAAAACUCAAAUGUUGUCACGGAGAGCUGAAGACCGAAACUGAUCCGUCAACGACGCAUUCGCUCCAAUCCACUGAACCGGAAAUAGGUGGAUAUGAAAAGUGAACCAAUGGGCGCCAUGAUUUUGGCGGCUGUGAUGCCAGAAGCUUUGCCACAUACCCGGUUAGCUGUAGUGCCGAUAAGGUCGUGAGUGGUGACUAAAAUUGUACAACAACCACCAUCCUGAAGGCGGAGGCGCGUUCGCGUGUGCGGCGGAGAUUUGGCUGAAAAGGGCUACACCCAAAUCUCGGACCUCACCCAGUCAUCAAAAGCCCGAAAAUGCUAAUCAAAGCAAAUAUUUGGAUAUACGUGUUUCAGCUUGUAGUUAUGAAAGUGUCCUACAACGUUCAUGGAUUGGAUAGUAUACACAUCAGGGUGCCGACAGCGGUGACGCUGGGAAGCGCGGCGGUUCUCAUCUGCGAGUGCGACCUACCCGAUGAGGAUCUCUACUCAGUCAAGUGGUACAAAGGAAAGCACGAGUUCUUUCGCUAUACAUCGAAGGAGAUUCCGUCGAUUAAAAUCUUCCCCAAGGCGGGGAUCAAUGUUAAUGUUGACAGCUCCAAUGCGAGUCACGUAGUGCUUGCAAGCGUGGAACCUCACAGCAGUGGGAAGUACAGCUGCGAGAUAACGGAAGCUGCCCCUUCUUUCCAUACACAGAUAAUGACUAGGGAUUUAAAUGUAGUAGACUUACCUAAAACCGAUCCGGUGAUAGUGGACAUGAAGCCGUAUUACGGCGCCGAUGAGUUUCUCGAGAUCGAAUGCAUAUCAAACGAGUCACUGCCAGCGGCCCGACUCGAGUGGCUCAUCAACGACCGGCCGCUGGGUGCGAUACAGCCGCCCUCGAGGCUUGAAUAUCUCACGAUGCUGCCGGAGAAUCAAAACAAUAACGACAAUGUAAGCAGCAGUAGCAACGCCUCCACCCCCACCAGCAGCCCUAGCAGUAAGAAAUCAAUCAAGUCUUCCCCGUACCAAAGUAAAUCCCAUGCCGUGAGUGAGGAUUCCAAGGCAGCGGCGGCGGCGUCUGCAUUGGAUGGCGGCAACUCGCUGCAGCAUGAGUUUGCAGUGCCGGUGGCUGCGGCUGUCGUGGCCUCUGCCGCAGCACUUUCGCUUACAACGACCAGCACUCAGAUGCUGCCAGCAGGUGGCUCAUUACCACAGACCUCGGCGUCCUCGUCUAAGGAUAGACAGAGCAGCAGAAAGGGCUUCGCCAACAGCCGAUACGAGCGAUCGGUUUCCCGGCUGAAGUUGUUGCUGGCGCACGAGCAUUUUGUCGAGGGGAAGAUUAAGGUGAAAUGCAUCGCGCGGGUGUUUGAUCUGUACGAGCGGACAGUGCUGGUGGCGGCUGACGAAAACUAUCCCCAGGUGCGAGUGCUCUCCAAUAGCGAUAAUGGAGUACACUUUUCCUUCAUGAGUGAUAAAGACGAAGUUUCGUCCGCUUCGUCAUCCCAUCGGCACCACUCGCUGUGGCUGGCGCUAGCAUCCCGCUGGCUGUUGGGACCGAGCAGCUGCUUCCACUGGCUGGUGGCUGGUGGUGGCUCAAGCAAGCUCAAGGACACCGGCCAGAGUUGUUGGUCCAGCAGCGAUGUUCCCGUUGUCGUCGUCGUCGUUGUCGCUAUCAUUGUUGCGUUCGUAGUUAGUAGGAGCCGACCGCUGGUGACACUGUUGCUAGUUUUCUAACGCCGCCGCAGCCACCGUCGCCGCCGGUCGGUUCCAGUGGGGGAAGAGGAGGAGAAUUGGAAGGAGAUCAACAGCACGCGAGCUGGAAGCAACGACUACCGAUAGGGAGGGGGAGUGAAUGUGGAGACCUAAAGUCUGAGUGAGCGAGCGGAACGGUUAGACCGGGUGUACAGUUUCCGUUUUAGUGCUUAUCUUUUUGUUUUGUCUAGAAUCGUUCGUUUUGAUUAUUUUUUUUCCGGGAAGAUAAAAUAAAAUGUGAGAGAAGACAGGAAGAACGGGUAAUAUUUUUGGAGUUGGGAUAUUGGUUAUCAAAAGGAGUGGGUAUCGAACAAAAGUGGCAGCUCUGGGAGCUCGCCGAUUGAGCAUGAUGAUGGAAACGUUAGGAAAAUUGUUUAGGUUAAAAGAGAACGGAUGAAGAGAUAUUUUUGUAUGAAGAAAAAUCAAAUCUGUUAGAGUCAAAUCAUAGAUAUAUACAUUUUGGAAGUGGACAUAAAUAGCUGAAAGAAGAUGACUAGGAUAAUGUAAUUAAGAUACGGAUAAGGGCGAUCGUUAGGUAAUAAGGCAGCAACAACAAAAAACAUUCCGCGAUUGAACUGCAGACGCCGGUUGUAGAAAUGUCAUAUGUAAAGAGUAAUGUAUAAACAAACCUUGCAAAUGAAUCAUGCAAAUUUAUUACAGAAUUCUGCUAUAUUGAGUUGAUUCGACAAAGAAAAUGCAAUGCAAAUAUACGAUCCACUGUAUCAUUGAUAGCAGAAUGUGAUGUGAAUUACGCUCCUAAAAGGUGAUGACAUAUUGUAUAUCUAUUGAACAAUAAAGUAAAAC